AUGAUCACCCAGCGAGAUACAAAGUUCCAAAAGAUUCAACUUCAACCAUAUGUAUUCAUUGGUGAAGCAGAAAAAACGAGAAGUGUUAUCUGCAUCCCUCAGCCUAUCUACGAUACUACUGAUUUUACCAAUCCAGCAAUUCACUCCUCUCCUCUAGAUCCUAUCACCUCCAUCCACCACCACACAGUAGAACUCGACGCACAUCCUAACUCACCACCGAAAAACAGAAAGAGUAGACACGAGGAAAAGUAA